AUGCUGAGUUUGAAUGUCUCCGAUUCGCUUCGUCUUCCAUUCUCAAACCCUAGGCCUCCCAAUUGUUGUUGUUCCUCUUCCUCAUCGUCGUCGAGGAGAUGUGUCUCCGCUUCUCCAAUUCGGAUCGGGUUUUCGUUUCGAUGCUUCUCCAGCAAACGUUUGAGUCAAUUGCGUCGUAACGAAUCUCGGCUAGGGUUUCGAUGCUUCCGACGUAAUGCUUCUUGUUACCUCGAGAAAGCUGACUCUGAAGAUGAAUUUAGGAAUCCUGAUUUUGUGGUUGAACCAUCGAUAUUCAACUCGAGAAGAGAGACUCAAAGAGUUCUCAAGUUCUUGGCUGUAUCUGGUUCGUUCGCAUUACUCGGAACUGAUCCAGCUUUUGCGGUUUCGCAAAUUCCCAACGGGAUGCAGUCGUUUGUCACUUCUCUUGGUGACCUCGGAGACAUUAGCUCAGGUUUUGCUUCGGCGUUCUUGCUUAUUUUUUUCUCUGAACUUGGAGACAAGACUUUCUUCAUUGCGGCUCUUUUAGCAGCAAGGAACAAUGCUGCUACUGUAUUCGCAGGGACUUUUGGCGCUCUUGGGAUAAUGACGAUAAUAUCGGUAGUUCUUGGACGAACUUUCCACUAUGUCGAUGAAAUUCUUCCAUUCAGAUUUGGUGAAACCGAUUUGCCUCUAGAUGAUAUUGCAGCAGUUUGUCUUCUGGUUUACUUCGGUGUUUCAACGUUAGCAGACGCUAUUUCAAACGAUGGACUUAAAGCCGACGAGGAACAGAAAGAAGCAGAACUAGCGGUUUCAGAGCUUUCAGGUAAUGGAGCUGGUAUAGUAGCAGCCGCAAAUACCAUCAUCAGCACUUUUGCAUUAGUUUUUGUUGCGGAAUGGGGUGACAAAUCCUUCUUCUCAACAAUCGCUCUUGCGGCUGCAUCAUCGCCAUUGGGUGUCAUCGCUGGAGCAUUGGCGGGUCAUGGUGCUGCGACUCUGCUUGCGGUUUUGGGAGGUUCUUUGCUGGGAAAUUUCUUGUCAGAGAAGGCAAUAGCUUAUGUCGGAGGAGUUUUGUUUCUCGUGUUUGCUGCUGUGACAGUUGCUGAGAUCAUUACGUAA